GGUCCCUCUCCAUUCUUACACACAGUCCCAACGCUUACUCACCACGGACACACGGCUCCAACACUGACUCACACCACGGACACGACCACAACACUGACUCACACCACGGACACACGACCACAACACUGACUCACACCACGGACACACGACCACAACAUUGACUCACACCACGGACACAUGGAACCAACACUGACUCACACCACGGACAGACGGCUCCGACACUGACUCACACCACGGACACACGACCACAACACUGACUCACACCUCGGACACAUGGAACCAACACUGACUCACACCACGGACACACAGUCCCAACGCUGACUCAUACCACGGACACAUGGAACCAACACUGACUCACACCACGGACACACGACCACAACACCGACUCACAACACGGACCCACGGCCACAACAUCUACGAAUGGAUCACAGAAGUUCUGCGGUGCCUCCAACCGAAGGCUUCCUUUGAACACCACGUGGCACGCUAUUCUGCGAGAGAUCCACCGGUCGAACAAUCGGAACGUACAGGAGGAGCCCCUUGAAUAUGGCGAUGGAUCGUGAUGUCGGGGGUGAUGCUGAAGCACGCGCUGCUGCAGGGCACCGUGCGCGGCGUCUAUCGCAGUGUCGAAAAGCCGCUCAAGCUCUUCCAGACCGCGUCUGUCCUCGAGGUCCUCUACUCCUUUUUCGGCAUCGUGCCGUCGAGUGUGACGCUCAAGGCGUUCCACGUGUCCUCGCGAAUCUUCCUACUGUGGGCCGUGGUGCACAGUGUGAGAGAGGUGCAGAACGAGGAGAGCACGCUGCUAUUCAUCGUGACGUGGAUGGUGACGGAGAUCGUGCGCUACUCCUUCUAUACGUUCACGCUUCUGCAGUACAUCCCGUACUGCGUCAAGUGGGCGAGAUACUCGUUCUUCAUUGUGCUCUACCCGUUGGGUGUGCUGGGCGAGCUGCUGACGAUCCACGCGGCGCUGCCCCACGUGCAGCGCAAGGGGCUCUACUCCAUCACGAUGCCCAACGCGCACAACUUCUCCUUCGACUACCACACCUUCCUCAUUGCCAUCAUGAUCGCCUACGUGCCUGGUGCGCUUGGCCAUCACAGCUGGGUCUGGCGGAUAGCAGUGGGGGCAUGGAAGGGGUGCUAUACCGACAAGGUCAAAUCAAUCAGGCUUCAUUCAGCUCUACGCGCAUCUGUUGCGGGAGAGGCGGCUGGUGCUGAGAGUCGUGCAGGAGCACAAGGUUGACUGAGCCUGGCCGCGCGGAACCCCCCGACCCCAAUUGUGACCCCGACCCCGCCGCGCAUGAGCUCGCGUGUGUUUUGCAUGGUCCCGCGGAGAGUGAGCUCCUACUUGAAUUGGACAAGUCACGUUUGGCCUUCUGAGGCGACUUUCCAACGUGGGCACACAAGAGAAUGAUCCCUCCUCUUGUAACUGAACAAUGGAGUACACCUCGUUGUCAUAGUAGUGGUAGGCCAUGUGUGCUGGCGCCACGGUACAAGAUCAUAAUAUUUGAUAAACUAUUGGCAAAUGUCUUAAUUGGAAAGAGACUAUAGCAACAUCGCCCCCCCCCCCGACUUGUCAGAUGCUAAUGCCCAUUUGUAGGCCUGUGCUCUGGGCACCUGACGCCACCGCACGAGGACAGCUGCCAGCGGGAUCCCUUGAGUUAGACUGCGGCAGGGCUUUGGAAUGGUGGAGAUGAGAUGUGAAGUAAGGCGGUUUGAGUUCCCGAGGUAUUCAAGCAAGUGCCCCAUCAAUGCAAAUCCAUACACUUAAUUGGUGGUCUGUUUAAACGUGGCUGCAUGUGCCAUAGGCAAUAAUUGUGGUCUGCUUGCAAGGACACAGGAGGAUAAGGAGUCGGUGCAGGGGUGGCAUGGUUCGCAAAGCUGAUCCGUGUAGCUUCCCCUCUCCCAGAGCCGCCAUGCGGCAGAGGUGGGACAAAGUCAUUGUUAUGCAAGUCCAAGUCGAGUCUGAAGUCAUCAAAUUCAUGACUCGAGUCUGACUCGAGUCCAAGUCACAUGACUCGAGUCCACACCUCAGAGGUGGGACAAAGUCAUUGUUAUGCAAGUCCAAGUCGAGUCUGAAGUCAUCAAAUUCAUGACUCGAGUCUGACUCGAGUCCAAGUCACAUGACUCGAGUCCACACCUCUGCCAUGCGGUACGGUUAGAGACGAAACGAGGCUUCUUGGUUGAAUGCUUUCAAAGGCAGCUUUUACCUUCUCAUGCAAUGGAUCCAUUUCAUUGUUGAAAUUAUCUCCGGGUUGUUAUUUAUUACAGAACACUUUGGAUUGCUGAUUUAUGCAGUCUAUUUCUCAAAAUAUACGGAUUCGAUGUGUCCAA